AUGUCACAGACGGAUUGCCCGCAUGUGCUGAUCCCUUCCCUCCCUCCGUCUCUUGCCAUGCUUUCCCAGCCAUUAGAGGAGGCCAGGGGCAGCGCAGGGCCAGGCGGAGUGGGGCGAGGUGGGGGUGGGGGUGGUGAGGGGGCGCCAGACACGAGCAACGAUGAGGAGAUUGCGCGGUUGCUGCAGCAGGAGCUGAGUCUCGAAGAGGGCGGGCUCUCGCAUUUGCCUGCAGCACCUCCUGUUGGCAGCAACAACAGCAGCAGCAGCAGCGGUGGGGUGGGAAGCGCGGGAGCAGGGAGGGCAGCGGGUGGAGGGCAGCAGCACCCUGUGUGGUCGGCGCUGGUGCCGGCUGUGUGCAAGCCCUACCAUGCAGCAUGCCUUCAUGCCAUCACACCAUCACACCUUGUGUCGUCUCUCCUUGCUCUUCUCUCCCCCCUCCACCAGUUCAACAUCAAGGACGGCAAGCCAUACCAUGCAGCAUGCCACCGACAGCUCUUCCACCCCAAGUGCACCGUCUGCCAGGACUUCAUCCGCCCCAACCCAGCAGGCAUGAUCAACUUCCGCUCGCACCCCUUCUGGGGCGACAAGUGGUGCCCCGCCCACAUGACAGACAGCACGCCCUCCUGCACCUCCUGCUCCCGCCUGCAGUCCCGCGGUUCCCCCCCAUUUAUUGAUCUGCCAGAUGGGCGGCACCUCUGCCUUGACUGCGUUGACUCCGCCGUGCUAGACUCCGCAGACUGCCGCCCGCUUUUUUCGUCCGUUAGUGCCUUCUUUGCUCAGCUGGGGAUGCCAGUGCGGCAGCAGAUUCCGGUGCUGGCAGUGGAGCAGCAGGCGCUGAACGAUGCUCAGAGGGCGGAGAGGGAGGGCCAUGAGCACGGGUCUCUCACGCGGGGCCUCUGCCUGUCAGAGGAGCAGACCAUUCAGAUGGUGGUGCGUUUGCCCGGCUCACUCACCCACGCCUCCUCCUUCUCGGCAGUGGGGCAGCAGACCAUGACAGUGUCCCGCCACUGCGCGGUCACCGCUAUCCUCGUGCUCUAUGGGUUGCCCAGCUGUGCUGUGGUGGAUGGCACUUGUCUGUCUGUGGCCCAGCAGACCAUGAUGGUGCCUCACCAUUGCGCUGUCACUGCCAUCCUCGUGCUCGAUGGGCUGCCCAGCACCCCUCUGCCUGCUUCUUCUCUCCACCUGCCUUCAUCCGCCCCUCUGCCCCUCCCACUCCCCAUCAGAGUACUGACCGCGUCCAUCCUAGCGCACGAGCUCAUGCACGCAUGGUUCAAGCUCGACGGUACGUAUGCCCCCUCCACUGCGCAUGCCAUCCCCCAUCGCGCAUGCCAUCCCCCAUCGCGCAUGCCAUCCCCCAUCGCGCAUGCCAUCCCCCAUCGCGCAUGCCAUCCCCCAUCGCGCAUGCCAUCCCCCAUCGCGCAUGCCAUCCCCCAUCGCGUAUGCCAUCCCCCAUCGCGCAUGCCAUCCCCCAUCGCGCAUGCCAUCCCCCAUCGCGCCAUCCAGCUAGAGGAGGGCAUGUGCCAGGUCAUGGCGUAUUUAUGGCUGCAAACCCAGGCCCCUCCAGCCCCACACGCCCCAUCACAAGCCCCAUCACAACAAGCCUCCUCCGCUGCUCCACUAGCUCACGAGGCGCACAGCAGCUUCCAGCAGCGCUUUGCAGCGUUCUGCCUGCACUCCAUUGCUACUGAUGCCUCCCCCGUGUACGGCGAUGGGUUUCGUGCUGCCCAUGCUGCUGUGCUGAAACAUGGACUGCUGCCUACUCUCGAGCACAUUCGCGCAUGCAGAGCACUGCCUAGAGUGUAG